AUGGACACUUCGCUUUCACAAGUCUGUGCUACGCAGACCCCGUCUAACCCUACUCUCAACUGGGUCUAUGAGGAGCGACUGGAAUGUCGGCCGUGGCGCAGGAAUCGGUUUUAUGUUCACUUGUUGCCAACUCGUGGCGUCAGCACUAGUAAUUUACGAAUACUUCCUCACACUUGGCCAGGAAAUCCAGCAUAUUUGGAACUGUCGGGCGACAGGUGUAACCAUCUUAUUCUUCCUGAAUCGGAUCGUGAUGUUGGGUAUGGGAUUAACUGCUGUACUGAUCGUCGCGCCUUGGGAAACUGGAGUGGGGUAACGUGCUUUCACAUUCACACCAAAGCUACCAUCCUUAUGCUUGGCUUCAGCUGCAUGAUAGUCAACUGGUUGAAUAUCGGUUGCGCGGUCACAAUUUUGCUAUUGUGGGCAGUUGUCUCGACUCUUCGUGUCUACGCUGUCAGUAAUCGCGAUUGGCGACUUGCCAUAGGGACCUUGAUAUUGGGCCUAGUACCUGUUAUGAUUAAUAUCGUUUACAAUGCAAAGACAUCGUUUGCACCACCACCAGAUUUAUCUUCUCACUUUUGCCAAGUUAUUACUAAGCUUUCUCCGAGUGUGAGCAACUUAUGUAAUUUACUUGUUGGACAUUUUCCGAUUUUCAUUGUCGUCACAUGGUACAACACGUAUGAAUCCUAUCAGCACCCGACGAGGACGGCCACAAGAACAUCGCUUUCACGACAGUUAUUCCGGGAUGGUACCUUAUAUUUUGUGCUUCUACUCGGCAUGAAUGUCACACAACUAAUUCUUGUCCUUUCGGGCAUUUUUAUGGCUUUUGGUACCUUCAUCACCAUGAUGAUGUCGGUUCUCAUCUCAAGAUUCAUUCUCGACAUCCGCCAAAUACGCAUCGACAGCCCCGAAGCUCCGGAAUCCAUCGGCACGAUCUUCUCUUGUGAAGAACGACCACAUCUUGUCCAAUCUCGCCUGUCGUCUAUGAUUUUCCGCCCCAGCUCCAUACCGUGCGAAGAUGACCACGCCCCAUGGAUGCUGGACACAUAG